AUGAUUCGACCAUCUUGGUGUACGCAAUCUUUAUUGAAUAACUGUUAUUGUUUGGUUUUUCUACUCCUAGCAAUCAAAGCAAAAGGAUGGAUGGUACCGAUUGGAGAGAGAAUUCAUAAUUUUGCACAUGGUUUAGCUCUCGGCGUAACAUUUUCUCAAGAUGUGAUUCUUGGUGUAACAGCCACAAUUGCUGUUGGCCUCCACGAACUUCACCAUGAACUUGGUGAUCAUGCUAUUCUUAUUCAAUCUGGUUUCACUCAUUAUAAAGCUCUCACAUUCAAUUUCAUUACAUCACUAACUGCAUUUAUUGGAAUUUCAUUAUCAGCCAGUGAAGUCUGUCAACAACGGAUAUUUGCGUUGACAAUUGGAAUUGUUUCUUUAUAUUUUACUUGUUGA